UCUCCUCUCAAAAUCACAUCAUUUUACCAAUACCACACUCUUAAAUUUUAGGAGGAGGAAAGAAAAAAGUUGAGAGCAAAAAAUAAUGGCUUCAACUUCACUAGUUUCAAUGGCAAUGCCACUAACUUACACAAACCAAAAGAAGCAACCAAUUAUUGAAGCUUUUUUAAAGCCAUUGCCAAUAAGGCCAUCAAAACAAAUUGCAACAAAUUCAAAACCAAUUGUUGCUAAGUUUGUAGUGAAAGCUUCACUUAAGGAAAAGGUAGUGACAGGGUUGACUGCAGGUGUACUUACAGCAUCAAUGGUUGUACCUGAUGUAGCACAAGCUGCUGAUGGAGUUUCACCUUCACUCAAGAAUUUCUUGCUUAGUAUUGUGGCAGGUGGGGCUGUGCUUACUGCAAUUAUUGGUGCUAUUAUUGGUGUUUCCAACUUUGAUCCUGUUAAGAGGAGUUAAAGUUGUUUAAUUUGUGUCUCUUUAAUUGUGUCCAUAUGAUGUUAAAUUAAUUUCCAGUAAUUUGUGUAUGUUUAAAUGACAAUUAAUUAAUCUAUUGUUUUUUUCGAAUUA